AUGAACAUAAAGGAACUUAUUGUUAGGGUACUUGAAAACAGAGACAUAGAAGCGGUUGGGGAAAUGCAAUAUACAGAAGGGGAUGGAGAAGACCUCCAUGAGCUAUCUACAUCAGAUCUGUUGAACUGCACCUCUCCUUAUAUUAGGGGAGUUGUAAAUGAUAAGGUGGGGAAUAAAUAUGAGGGACUGAAACUUUUUAAGGAGUAUUGCGAGGACUGUGAAUAUCUGAAGCUUGUUGAGGAAGAAACUAUAGAGCUGUGUAGGACAAGCGGGAGAGACAAUAAAAUAAAGCUGUGGCGAAAGAUCCGAGAGUUUAGAUAUGACUUCAUAGACUGGGAAGAUAGAGAGUGGAUCAUGAGACUGUUGGAAUACUUCUACAUUAUGUCAAUGAAGAAUAUUGAGCAUCUCAACAGAGAAAUCAUGCUCCUUCAAGAAAAGAAGGAUAAGGAAUCUUACAAAAAGAAGGGAAUCGAAUGUAUAAAAGUUGAUUCUCAAGGAAGAAUUUCAGACUUUUUAGCUAGAAGAAACAGUCCUACGAUGACACUUGAUGAGUUUGCAGAAAAGAUAAUGCUGGGGAUGGAAAAAGGACCUUCCACUUCUAGUCGAGAGGAAGAGCCCGAAGACUCCUCAAGCAACAAUCUCUCGAGAGAAGAGCUUUUGAAGAGAGAUGAAGAAAGAGAUGAGAAGGAAAUAAACCGAGGAAACACAACGAGAAUGGGAUAG